CUUAAAUACAUAGCUGCCAUAGAUAGUGAUUCUUGUGAUGCAUCUGGGCAAAGUUAACUGAAAACCUUCUGGAAAAGGUUCACCAUUCUAGAUGCCAUUCAGAGCACGUGUGAUUCAUGGAAAGAGGUCAAAAUACAAACACUAACAGGAGUGUAUAAAAAGUGGAUUCCAACCCUAAUGGAUGACUUUGAAGGGUACAAGACUUCAGUGGCGGAAGUAACUGCAGAUGUUCGGUAGAAAUAACAAGAACUUGAAUUAGAAGUGGAGCCUGAGGAUGUGACUGAAUUGCUACAAUUUCAAGAUAAAACUUUAACAGAUGAGGAGUUGCAUCUUAUGGAUGAGCAAAGAAAGUAGUUUCAUGAGAUGGAAUCUACUCCUGGUAAAGAUACUGUGACAGUUGUUGAAAUGACAAGAAAGGACUUAGAGUAUUACAUAAACUCAGUUGAUAAAGCAGUGGCAGGGUUUGAGAAGAUUGAUUCCAAUUUUGAGAGAAGUUCUCCUGGGGUCAGAUGCUGUCAAAUAGCAUCACGUACUACAGAGAAAUCGUUCCUGAAAGGAAGAGUUGAUCAAUGCUGCAAAUUUCAUUGUCUGAUUUUAUAUAAUUGCCACAGCCACCCCAGCCUUCAGCAACCACCACCCUGCUCAGUCAGUGACCAUCAACAUCAAGGCAUGAACCUCCACCAGCAAAAAGAUUACUACUCACUGAAAGCUCAGACAAUGAUGGAGAAGAGAAAACCUACGGCGGCUGUGAAGGCCCCGAUGCCAUGUAUGUCAAAUUGAUAUCUUCGGAUGGUCAUGAAUUUAUUGUAAAAAGAGAACACGCACUAACAUCCGGAACAAUAAAAGCCAUGUUGAGUGGCCCAGGUCAGUUUGCUGAGAACGAAACUAAUGAAGUCAAUUUUAGAGAGAUCCCUUCACAUGUGCUAUCAAAAGUAUGCAUGUAUUUUACCUACAAGGUUCGCUACACUAACAGCUCCACGGAGAUUCCUGAAUUCCCAAUUGCACCUGAAAUUGCACUGGAACUGCUGAUGGCUGCGAACUUCCUAGAUUGUUAAAUAAAAUAAAUUAUAAUAAACUGUUAACUUUUUUCAGUAUUUAAUACCUGUAGUUCAGUUAGUAAUUUUUUCAUAUAUAGCAUGUUGCCUGUGUGCAGUUGAACUUUAAAGUUCAUUGCAAAGCAGAUUAUCUUCUGUUCUUUUGCAUAGCAAUCAGAGUUGAAAUUUGUUUGCUACAUCAACAAAUUGAGGACAUUUUCACAAAUUGAGAAAUAAACAAAUAUGCCAAUUCGUAGGUGGUUUUGCCUUAUCCUUUGGAUGUGAUUUUUAAAAUUAGAGCAGUGAUGAUAUAGUAAAACUGAAAUUUAAGCAUAAAUGAACACAUUCUACAGGUAAAUAAUGGGGCUACGUAUUUUUGUGUUUUUAGUGUUUUUUUUUUAAAAAAAAAAAAACAAAAACCUGAUCUUGUAGCCGUUGUUAGCAUUACUAGAGUUAUGCAAAUAAUUGCAUUAUAAACAUGUUUAUAACUUAGCCAAAACAUUGAUUUUUAUAACUGUCAAAGACAUAAGAGUUGAAAUUUCUUAUGUGUCUUUUGAUAAACUGCAGUAUUGUUUAAGUGUAUCUUGUCUUUUUGUUUAUUGCUGCAAUUUAAGAACUUUAUUUAAAAGCAGUUUUGGAAGAUUACUAGGCACAGCUUUUGAAGCAAUCACUUUUUGAACCGGUAGCCACAUGGUCAACAAGUAAACUACAUGAUUGAUUACAUGUGCAUUGUGCAUUUUGGCCAAUCCAAAGUACUGUACCUGCAUUGACUAUAAAGCUUCCUUUGCAAUAUUCUUACAUAGUCCCUUGUUGUGACUGCACUUCUGAUUAUUUAAAUAUGUUUUAAAAGACUCAUUAUGGACUUUAAUCGGCUCUUAAAAGCUAGACUUUUCAGAACUAUUCUAGUCUUCCUCCAACAAGCUGAAAUGUUAUAAAAGAUUAAAAACAUGGAGAGAUGCAGUGCAAAUCUUAUCAUGUACUUUGAUAUAGUAUAUGAAUUAUCUUCUAUUAAUUAAAAUAUGUCCCAAUAAGUAUGAUGCCCAUAAUCUGUGGGUCUUCUACUGAAAUCAGAUCUACAAAGAGGUCAUUCAGCUUUUAUACUAAACAGAAAAACUAUGACAGAGCACCUCUGCUUAGGCAUGAGAAAAGAAGUACUGGAGUGGGUUUAUUAUUAUCUCUAUCUUAGUGGUAAGACCAAACUAUCAUUAUAGGAGAUAUAUAUUUAAGCCUUCAGCUUAGUUCUUUAAGACUGAUUUAAUAUGGACCAGUUUUUCUGGAACCUACAAAAAACAUAACCAAGAUCUGUAAGUAAUUUUUCCUCAUAGAAGACCUAACAUUGUACUUUCCAGCUUACUGAAAGCAAUUAAAUGUGUUAAUUGCAUAUAUUUUAGUAACUUCUCAAGACAUACUGGUACAUAUUUUAGUAUAGAAGACUAUCAAGUACAAGAAUUAUAUUCUAUCUACUUGCUGACAAAUAAUGUCAAAAACCUAAAUGAUGAUUCUAAAGGUCAAAGUGACAACUAGAAUAAAGUUUAACUUUGACCAGUUUUAGUAGGUUACUUUAUGUGUUAGAUCCAGAAGUAACCUUAAGUUUAAGAUAUUGAAGUAGAACUGAAAGAUUAGGAAAAACUGUAUAUCUUGCGGCAAAUGAUACUUGCAUGUUAAUAAAGGCUCUUGACUGAAAGGUUUGAUGAA